AGGUGAUAAUGCAGUCUUCCAGAUAACAUGUUCAAAGUGCAAGGUACCAACUCUCAAGUCCAGGUUUUCAACGGAAUCAAAAAAUAAUGGAGAAACCACAGGCCUUUCAACAGUGUGGCACAAGGAAAGGGCAUUUGACCAGUGUGCUGGCUUUGGCUACUCUAGUGUCUGUUUUUGGAUCCUCCUUCCAAUAUGGUUAUAAUGUCGCGGUUAUCAAUUCUCCAAGUUUGUACAUGCAACGGUUUUACAACCAGUCUUACUUUGAUCGAUAUGGGAAAUACAUGGACAGUAGCUUCCAGACGUUGCUGUGGUCCCUCACUGUCUCCAUGUAUCCACUCGGAGGAUUCUUCGGCUCCUUGAUGGUUGCCCCACUGGUGAAUUAUUUCGGCAGAAAAGGCACCUUGUUGUUUAACAACAUCUUUUCUAUCAUCCCAGCAAUACUGAUGGGAACAAGCAAGUUAGGAACUGUGCUUCAUACAAAUUGUCUAUUGACCCUGCUCUUUUGUCUAGGCCUCUCAUCCAACGUGGUCCCCAUGUACCUGGGCGAGCUCUCACCAAAGAACUUCCGAGGAGCCAUUGGGGUGAUGCCCCAACUCUUCAUCACGAUCGGAAUCCUGAUUGCUCAGAUAUUUGGCUUAAGAAACAUCCUUGCAAAUGACAGAGGUUGGCCAUUGCUCUUGGGACUGACUGGAAUCCCAGCUGUGGUGGAGUUAAUCUUUCUGCCCUUCUUCCCUGAGAGCCCCAGAUACAUGCUGAUUCAAAAGGGCGAUGAAGUUGGAGCAAGAGCAGCUUUAAGGCGUCUGAGAGGAUGGGAGGACGUUGAUGGUGAAAUUGAGGAGAUGCGGUUGGAAGAUGAGUCGGAGAAAGCUGAAGGUCGGUUGUCUGUUCUCAACCUCUGCUCCUUCAGGUCACUACGCUGGCAGUUAAUCACAGUCGUUGUUCUGAACAUGGGACAGCAGCUCUCUGGAGUUAAUGCAAUAUAUUACUAUGCAGACAGCAUAUAUCGAUCGGCAGGGGUGAAGGAGAAUGAUAUUCAGUAUGUGACUGUUGGCACAGGAUCGGUCAAUGUGUUCAUGACCAUAGCAGCAACGGCUAUAAUCGAAAAGGCAGGACGCAGGCUGCUCCUUCUACUGGGAUUUGCCAUUUGCUGCAUUUUCUGCAUGAUCUUAACAAUGAGUCUGAACCUUCAGGACUCCGUUAAUGGAAUGUCGUACCUCAGCAUUACCUGCGUAAUCGUUUAUGUUAUUGGACAUGCAAUAGGACCUAGCCCCAUUCCGUACGUGAUAACAACGGAGAUAUUCCGUCAAUCCUCCAGACCGGCUGCCUUCAUGGUGGCAGGAUCGGUUCAUUGGUUAUCCAACUUCCUCGUGGGCCUCAUUUUCCCAUUUCUUGAGAAGGGGAUUGGCGAGUACAGCUUCAUCAUUUUUGGGGUGAUCUGCCUGGCCACCUUUGCCUACAUCUUCCUCAUCAUUCCCGAAACGAAAAACAAGACCUUCCUGGAGAUCAGUCAGAUUCUGGCCAAGAGGAACAAUGUGGAGAUGAAAGUGGAGCAGGAGCAGCUGGAUCUGAGUCUGAGGGAUGUGGGUCACCAACAGUGGAAGGCAGAGAAGAGCACGCAUCUCUAACCAACCCCAGUAUGUUCCUCGGGCUGGAAUCAAUUUGUGCAAUACUAACCACACACGCUUGCCUCUUGGUCUAACAAGAGUGCUAAUACAUUUACAAUCAUUCAGUGUCAUUAUCAUUGCUGGAAGAAUCCCAUUCCUUAAACCUCCCUUAUUAACUCUCUCACAUCUAAAAGAAUUUCCUUAAAACCUAUAUCUCUGCCAAGGUUUUUUGUAACGUGCGAAUGCAAAAGCUUUUAGAUAGUGUUUAUUGACAUCAGUCAAUGAGGUUAUUGACCAGGACAGCAUGGAAACAGGUCUUUUGCCCCAAUUUCUCCAUGACAACCAUGCUCCUGGCUCUAAGAUGGUCCUGUUCACCCACAUUUGGCCCAUGUCCCUCUAAACCGAACUUUUUUUAUGCCAUGGACUCCUACCAUUAACCAAGGGGUCCAGGUUGGGAACCCCUGCUUUAAACCCCUUCUAUCUGUAUAUGUACUUAAUCAAAUAUUUUUCUAUGCUAUUAUUGUGGAUUUGAAUAGGUUUAUCAGAUUAGUUUUAUAAUUCAU